AUGCCAAGGAAAGUUGGCCAAAUCUUGGACGGUCAAUACUCUCUAAUCCCUGUUAAUCCUACACUACUAUCCUCAGAAAUCAGUGAAACUACAAGACUCAAGCCUAUAUCUAUCAGCGAGACCGCUAUAAGUGCCGCCAACCCUGAUACUCUUUCCUUAAGCUGCUAUGCCUUUUUAGCACUAUUACCAAUGCUCGUUACCUCUCUAAGAGAACAACAGUUAUCUAAUGCACACAAUGCUGGAAAUGGUAUAAUGCACAAUCCUGUGCCCGCCCCUCUCAAUGCCGGCUCUGCGGCUCCUCAGAGCAUACUAAAUAGGGACAUGUUAACCACUGCACAGCCCUGGAGCCUCAUCAGUGCCCUCCUAGAUGUAUACACUGCCAUGGACUAUAUCCUGCUGAUUUCCCAGAAUGCCUCCUGCGCCCUAAAGGCAACUCUAAACAUACUAAAGCUCAACAAGUAG